AUGAUUGAUGACAACCCUUCUGUUUACAGUGAGUGUCAAGUACCUAUUUUCGGAAGACUUCUUUCACAUUGGCCACCACAAUGAGAUUAAAGACAUCAUUACUCAAGGAACCAAAACAUAUCCUUUUCAAUUGUGUGAAAGAUAGAAACAUACUACAACAGUGCUUUGCUUUGACCAGAUUGUUGGUAUUUUCUGUUUAAAAAAUAUGGACAGCCAGUAAUCAUUAAUGAAAAAUCUAUUAAGAAGUUGUGCCUCUAAUAACAUACUAGGCCUCCCUAGCUCUGGUCCAGGGGGUUAGUGCACAUUCCUCCAACUCGCUCUAAUGCCAUGGACCAAAGCUAAGGCUGCCUGAGACAAAAAUGAUAUUCAGUACACCUUGCACCACCAGACCUAGGUUCAAAUACUAUUUGAAAACGUUCAACUAUUUUGAGUGUUUGCUCUAGCCUGUCCAGAGUGCCAUAUGGGUUGGGUUUGCAGUUUUGGGACAAUUAUUUUGGGACUAAUUCUAAAGCCUGCUAAGCUCCGUUAAGCACAGAUAAAGUAUAGAUUGCAAAUAGUGUUUGAACCCAGGUCUGCCUGGCACCUUACUAAAGGCAUGCUUAUUGCAACCUGUAUGGAGGUGGAAAUGUUUUUUUAUAUGCUAUUUGCUAUCAGACCUGUGUGUGGAUUUCACCUACCUCAAUACAAAGAAAGGUGAAUACAGGAUCUGUGUUCAUUAAUUCAGCUGAAAAGCAACCACUGUGUUUGAGUCUACUGCGGCCACCAACCCUGGACCCGAAGAGUUAGGCUACAGGGUGUGAAAACGUGUGUACCACUUUAACACGAACACAUCUGGUUCAAGUAAUUAAGAUUAGAUAUUUUGCAGCAACCACUGAUCUAUUUCCACCUUACCAUUGUCCUCCUUAACACCUGGACACAUAAAGAGCUUGUGAGCUGUGUGGGCUGGACCACUGCAGACGAGUUGUACUCAUGCAGUGAGGACCACCAGAUCCUGAGAUGGAACCUGCUGACCAGUGAGACCAGCCUGGUGGUGAAGCUGCAAGAGGACCUCUUCCCCAUCGACCUGCACUGGUUCCCCAAGACGGUGGGAGGCAAGAAGCAGUCCCAGGCCGAGAUCUUUGUGCUCACCAGCACUGACGGCAAGUCACCGAAGAAUAAUAAGAGAUUUUCUUGUAACAGGCUUUAAUGAUAACAGGCCCUGUGUAGCUCAGUUGGUAGAGCAUGGCGCUUGCAACGCCAGGGUUGUGGGCUCGUUUCCCACGGGGGGCCAGUAUGAGAAUAAAAAAAAUAUAAAAAAAUGUAUGCACUCACUAACUGUAAGUCGCUCUGGAUAAAAUGUAAAUGUAACUUUAUUUAUGAAGCACUUUUCAUACCUGAAAGUGCUAUCUGAAACAAGUUUAUGGCACCGCUAACAUAGAAAAUAAAUGUUGAAUUUUAAAGCAAUGAUAGUUUCUCACAUUAUUCAACAAGACCGAUUGAUAUUGAAUUAGGUAGGUGAUAGAGGAUAUUUGUCCCAAGGUACAUAACUGCAUGGUCUGUGUGAAAUGCAUCUGGUUGACCAGAGUGGUAUACUACGAAGCAAGCUAGAUCUACUCAGGCUUUUAUAAAGCUAACCAGCUUCAGUUAGUUGCACAUUCCAGGUCAGGCUUCAUACGUACUACGAAGGUGGAUAUUGCUCGUCCACCUGCCGCUAACUGUAGCAGGUGUGUUACUGUGUGUGCAUGUCGCACGUGGCUAGUUGAACGCUGAGCUCUUCAUUGAGACAAUGCUGAAACAUCAAUUAAUGGGCGAGUCAGUGCCACAUUUUCAUUUGUGCCGAAAUGAAAGAAAAUGUGCCUUGCAAAUCUAGCAGGUUAUGGUGUGAAAUAGGCUUUUAGAAGUGCCAUCUUUAUUUUAUUACUUAUCUUUAAUGCCGUCUUUGGUGUGCUUAUCAAUGCACAAGCACCUUUUUCCGACUACUAUCGCUCCUUCUAUCUGUGGAAAAGCUUGUUGUGUUGUGGCUAUAUACUUAUAAUCCAUAGAAAGGUUUUGGAACCUCUGACAAUUUGACUGUUAAACUCAUGGGUAAACUAGCAAUGGCUGCCAGUCUUGACUUGAAUGGGAACUGCCAUCUAUGGGUUAUACAGUAUGUCUAUGGUUGGUUGCGGCUGUUAGUUUGCCUUCCAAAUUUCUAAAUACAAUCACGCGAAAAAUGUACAGUUUGGAAAGCAAAUGCUGUCUACUAAAUGUGUAAUGUGAUAGGUAUUUUAGUGUUACUCUUUUUUUACACUUAAAAAUAAAUUAAUAAAUAACAUAUUUAAUCAGUCGUCCUCCUCAAAUGAUGAGGAUGAUGACACAAUCUUUGUGAGAGGGAUGGUAUCUGAUUUAAUUGGUCCUCAAUUCGUGGCUCAGACACUUCAUUCAGGAUAAAUGGAGUUAGCCCUGAGUUAGCCUGCCCGGAGCAGGAUAGUUCUGAAGGAUUUGUUGCCAUAGAAAUUUACCUGGCUAAAAGGUGAGGCUCUUUCGUGGUACCGGUUAUCCCGAGUUGAACUCAGAGUUUACAAAAGUUACCUCGCUAACUCCUCAAACCUGAUUCAUAGCACAGGGCUCUGUUGUUCUCUUGUGUCUAUAUCAGCUCUAAACACACAGAGUGGAGAUGUACGGCGAUGGCAGGCGACGUGUGGUCACAAUGUUAAUGGCAGUGUAGGGUUGCAUAAACACACCCACAAACUGAAGCAGCAAUUUUCCCUGGCAGACCAUGUAGUCAUAAAAACGUUUGCAUCUGUCUUUCUGUUACAGAAUGAUUAUAGUCAUCAUAUACAUAAUAUUAUCACAAUUGACUGCUUUUUAGAACAAGUAAUUGGUUUCCUUUAUUGAGAGGCAAUGUUUGUUUUUAGUGUACUAGUCCUAUAUCCUAAUGCACAGCAACCUCAACUUUGGGGGGGGUAUUGGUACAAUAGUCUGCUGCAGCUUGUAACGGCAAAUUUUUCUGGUUUCUGUUUUUAAUGUCAGUGAAACUUCACAUGGCCAUGAAAUUGUUAAAUAGAAACCACAGAUGUAUAGCUUUGGUGGGUGGGGAAAAUCUAUAGAAACUUUUGUGGCUUUCUCCAACCUCAUUUGGUGCGUGGGCCUCUGUCUGAGGCGAUAUGUCAAAAAUGGGUUUGGUUCCUAGUACUGACAGACAUAGAGAAAAUGCUGGGAGCAUUUUGAAUGUGGUGUUUAACAGUCAGGUCUUUAAUAGAAUUGACAUUUUUAAAAGCCUAUUUUAAUUCUAAGCAUCCUUUUAAUACAGCAGCCAUGGUCGUAUACUCACUACCUGUUUUUCUGGGUCGGCGACAUUCACAUUUGUUAGGACAUCCAAUUAUAGAAGCUGGAGAGAGCAGCAUCAUGCUGAUUUGCAGUUUUAGGCAACCAGAAAUUACAUAGAACAUUCUGUAUUUUUUAAUACGCACCGCCACAAAGUAUAUGGUAGGCUAGUGUCUUUGAUAACUGUCUCCAUGCCUGAUCACUCCCCGUCUCUAGCAGAUAGGAAACUGUUUCAUUUAAGCAACAGAGAGACUUUGCUUUCAUUCAUCCGUUUUGUGUAAGAAAUGUGUCUUCAAGAGGCAGCUACCAACCAGGACAGUGGAGCAAAAUACAUUAUGUAUGGGAACCUGACUCCAUGGGUUACAAUGUUGUAUGUUAUCUUGGUUUGUUUGUUUCUGUGUGGGGCCGAGUGCCUAUAUUCUUGGUCUUUAUAUUUAUGAACUCUCCUCACAUCCUGUUAUAUGCUUUUAUCGUGCCUUUUGACUGUUUGUUGCCUCUCAAAUGUGAGAUUUAGAAAUGGAGAGACAGUUUAUACGGUAUAUUUCCUUCAUAUCUAAUGGACUGUACCUGUCUUCAACCUGUCUGUUCUGUUGUCUGUCUGUAGGUAAGUUCCACCUGGUCUCUAAGACAGGCCGUAUUGAGAAGAGUGUGGAGGCCCACAAAGGAGCUGUAUUAGCCGGGAGAUGGAACUACGACGGGACCGCUCUCAUCACAGGUGAGGGGGACACAGGGUAAUAAACGCACACAAGAAAAUAACACUAAAAUGUAAUACACUGCUCAGUAACAAAUUUGUUAUAACUGCCGUAGGUUGUAACUCAGAUUGUUGAUGUUUCCUCAGCUGGGGAGGACGGGCAGAUCAAGAUCUGGUCUAAGAGUGGCAUGCUGAGGUCCACCUUGGCCCAGCAAGGUAAGAUUACUAGGAAUUCUUUUUUCAAACUUUUCUUUCAAAUACUCAGCUCAAGCACUUACUGUAAUUGAAAACAAAUUUGUGCAGCAGACUCGCAGUGCAUAGCCACACUUUGUUUUGAAACAAAAGCAGCCACCAAUAUUGUCCCUUUUAACAAUUUCCUGUUUUGUCAGAAUGGGGCCCUGUAGUUUUUGUGGUGCUGUUGCUCCACAGUGUAGAGCCAACAUUGCACUCUCGCUGUGUGACUCCAGGUGUGUGAAGAGGUGUAUGUGUGUGUGUGCACUAAUCUUCCAGCCCAGGGUUAGGCUGGCGCCUAGCCGAACCGAACAAGUGUGCUCGUAUACUCCCUUAAAAGACCUUCGCUUGAAAAACUGGAAAAUUCUGUAAUAGUUCUGUUUGUCCUUCUUGAGAUGUCAUAGCCAGUGUACACUUCCUCAAAAUAGUCAGAAUUAAUCUAAGAUAACUCAAGAAAUCUGUAAUUUAUUUUGACGUACAGUACCAUUCAAAAGUUUGGACAAACCUACUCAUUCAGGGGUUUUCUUUAUCUUUAUUCUACAUUGUAGAAUAAUAGUGAAGACAUCAAAACUAUGAAAUAACACAUAUGGAAUCAUGUAGUAACCAAAAAAGUGUUAAACAAAUCAAAAUAUAUUUUAGAUUCUUCAAAGUAGCCACCCUUUGCCUUGAUGACAGCUUUUCACUUUUCACACUCUUGGCAUUCUCUCAACCAGCUUCACGAGGAAUGCUUUUCCAACAGUCUUGAACAAACGUUCACUACCCAUGUGUGAUUGAGGAUGCACUGCAUUAAUCAUAGGGGGUGAGUGUGUUAGCCUGGUGCUUUCUCAAGACGUCUGUAGGUCUCUCUCACACUCUGGUGUGCCCUGUCAGAGGACCUGCUGCUGCUGGGGCUUGGGCCGGGCCUGGGACAGUUGUAAUGAAGUCAGACCCAUGAACACAGCCACGUGAGUUACAGAGAGAGAGACGGCGCUGGCGGACAUUUUGUAAACAUAAGGCAACUCACAACCACCAAUUAUAGUCUCUCACACAGACUGCAGUGUUCAUUAAGGCCCCUUCUGCUUUUGAGGGCACCUCAGUGGAUGAAAGAGAGAGAGGGAGAGAAAGGUAUGUAGAGAGAGAGAGAAAGGUAUCUCUAGUAGUACAGUUUGAGUAGUACAGUUUGAAGCACUACAGGAUAUGCCUCAUGUUCUGACAAUUUUGAGACUUUCACAUUUACUUCACCAGUUGGGAUUUGUGUGUGUACAGUGUGUGUGUACAGUGUGUUUACAGUGUGUGUGUGUACAGUGUGUUUACAGUGUGUGUGCAUACAGUGUGUCUGUCUGUGUAUUUAAAACUGCUGUAAACGAUGCUGGUGCGAUGAUCUGAAAGAUGGCCAUUGUGUUAAGAGCGUUGAUGGCCAGUGGGUAAGAGCGUUGUGCCAGUAACCGAAAGGUCGCUGGUUCUAAUCCCCAAGCCGACUAGGUGAAAAAUCUGUCGAUGUGCCCUUGAGCAAGGCACUUAACCCUAAUUGCUCCUGUAAGUCGCUCUGGAUAAGAGCGUCUGCUAAAUGACUAAAAUGUAAAUGUAAAAUGUUAACAGGGAUUUAGUCCAGGCAGAUGAUUUAAGAUGUCAACUAUGGAGGAUUUAAGAUGAGAGAGAAUUGUGUGUGUAUUUGUGUGUGUGUGUUGGACUAUUAGGGUGUAAUGCUGCUGGAUACAGUUGAAAAUGCAGUCAAUGCUCCAGUUCUAUUUUUAUUAAAAGCACCAUAAAGUUCCAAAGGUUUAUUGGAGUGGAGUUUUAUUAAAAUCCAUAAAAAAGACUCCUAAUGAUAAAUCUCUCUAUCCAAUACUCGCAUACAGAUGGUUUACUUAUUAAUUGAUUCAUUGUGCCAUUUGAAAAAUAUUCUCAGUAGUGGCCCCAAAAAACAUUCGGUGUUGAUGGUAAAACCUGGCCAUCCAGAUGACAUGGAUGCAUUUUCCCGAAUGAAUGGGCUCUUUGCUUCCAUAGAAAACUGGGCAGAGGCAGGGGCAGUUUAGCCACACGAUGCACAUUCUCCCUCAGUCCUCUAUUUAAUGUGUCUGUCUGUGUUGUUGUGAACCAUGGCAUUGACUGGACAGGCUUGAGAGGGAGUGAGCUGCACAGCACAGCCGCUGUUGCACGUUCAGUUUUGCAGAGCGCGUGGAUCAAUUGGUGGUGUCACCUAACAGGUGUGGACACAUCAUCCACACUGCAGAUGCAUCUGUGCAGGUGCUGCUCCCCCUUAUGCACACACACACACAUACGCACACACACACACACUGCAGGAGUCACAGGUACAGCUGGGGGCCUUUGUUGUGAGUCUUGAGUGCAAUGAUGUAACCGUGUCCCAUUUGUGUGGGAGGGGGGAGGAAGAGAGAGGGAGGAGAAGAUGGGUGUAGAGGAGGAGGGGGGCAGAGGGAACUCGUCUCAGCCGUCUCUCAUUGUCAGCCCGCGAUCAUGUGACUUCUUGGCAUUUGUGAGAAACCACAAGCACCUGGAGCAGGGUUAAAUGUCAGCCUGCCUCUCUCUCACACACACACACACAUACACCCACACCACAUGGUUUAGGCAGGUUUCUCUUAACGCUCAGCUGUCUUGGUGUGAUACACAGCCAGGUCUGCAGGAUUGCAGCAAGCUAUGCACGCAAAAUCCCAUUCCUACAGGCUGUAUGAGGUGAACCCUAAGAGUAAAUAUGACACUGCUGUGGUGUAGAAAUUAGAAACGCAAUCUCCUCCAGCUACUGCAGUGUCUCCAUCUCUGUGUUUGUAAGGCACACCAAGCACUUCUCCCUCUUUGAUAAGGACUGCCUCGAGGCAGACUGUGUGAUAGCUAAUCAAACCAGAGUCAACUAACUAGUGGAUAUUCUACUGACAGAAUUACUUUAUUAUAUGUCAUGCUGUCUGAGAAGGAGAUGCAACUGUGAAACGUCCUUAAACAAGUUUCAGUUUUCAUAAUUUUCAUAAUUUUAAUGGAUGUGUUAUGAAAAUAGUAUUAUAAAAGUAAUUGUUUAAGCACAUGGACAUUGUUACGCAGUGUGAUUCCUCACCUCUCCUGCUGUGUGUGUGUGUCUCUCUCGUUCUCUCUCAGGGUCUCCUGUGUACUCGGUGGCCUGGGGCCCGGACUCUGAUAGGAUCCUGUACACGUCAGGCAGACUGCUGAUAAUCAAGCCCCUGCAACCCAGCGCCAAGGUCCUACAGGUACUGUGAGUGUGUGUGUGCGUGUGUGGGGAUUGAAGAUCUCGCACUCCAGUGAGUAUUUUUCUUGUUCGUGUACAUUUGUUUAUUGUUCUUUUUGGCACUGAAUUGUGACUGGGACCCUAAGUAAACACCAGAGGGUUUAGUGUGCACCCCCCCUUCACCCCUCUCACCUCACCCCCUCCCCCUGAGCAGAGCAACAGCUGGCAGUGUAUGGAGAAGCCCCCUGCACAACUCUGUGACCCCUGCAACCCCCCCCCAUCCCCAAACCCCCUCACCUCAUCCCCCUGCUCCCUCUGGGAGAGAUGGAGCUGUGGGAGAGGGGUUUGGGGAGGCGGGGGGUGGAGAUCAGGAGUUGUGGUGAUAACCUUCACAUGGCAGGAGGAGAAAGGAGACAAUGACUGAGUUGACUCCUCCUCUUGUCCUCCUUUUAUGGCAUGUGCCUCUGGUUAUCUGUUGGUCAAUAAAUCUCAUGAAUAUUGACAUACAGUGCAUUUGGAAAGUAUUCAGAUCCCUUGACUUUUUCCACAUUUUGUUACGUUACAGCCUUAUUAUAAAAUGGAUUAAAUUGUUUUUUUUCCUUAUCAAGCUACACACAAUACCCCAUAAUGACAAAGCAAAAACAGGUUUUUAGAUUUUUUUGCAAAUUUAUAAAAAAUAAAUAACUGAAAUAUCACAUUUACAUAAGUAUUCAGACCCUUUACUCAGUACUUUGUUGAAGCACCUUUGGCAGUGAUUACAGCCUCAAGUCUUCUUGGGUAUGACGCUACAAGCUUGGCACUCCUGUAUUUGGGGAGUUUCUCCCAUUCUUCUCUGCAGAUCCUUUCAAGCUCAAUCUGAGGUCCUGAGUGCUCUGGAGCAGGUUUUCAUCAAGGAUCUCUGUACUUUGCUCCUUUCAUCCUUCCCUCGAUCCUGACUAGUCUCCCUGUCCCUGCCUCUGAAAAACAUCCCUACAGCAUGAUGCUGCCACCAUCAUGCUUCACCGUAGGCAUGGUGCCAGGUUUCCUCCAGACGUGACACUUGGCAUUCAGGCCAAAGAGUUCAAUCUUGGUUUCAUCAGACCAGAGAAUCUUGUUUCUCAUGAUCUGAGAGUCCUUUAGGUGCCUUUUGGCAAACUCCAAGCGGGCUGUCAUGUGUAUUUUACUGAGGAGUGGCUUCCGUCUGGCCACUCUACCAUAAAGGCCUGAUUGUUGGAGUGCUACAGAGAUGGUUGUCCUUUUGGAAGGUUCUCCCAUCUCCACAGAGGAACUCUGGAGCUCUGUCAGAGUGACCUGCCUGACCAAGGCCCUUCUCCCCCGAUUGCUCAGUUUGUCCAGGUGGACAGCUUUAGGAAGAGUCUUGGUGGUUCCAAACUUCUUCCAUUUAAGAAUGAUGGAGGCCACUGUGUUCUUGGGGACCUUCAAUGCUGCAGAAAUUUUUUGGUACCCUUCCCCAGAUCUGUGCCUCGACACAAUCCUGUCUCGGAGCUCUACGGACAAUUCCUUCAACCUCAUGGCUUGGUUUUUGCUCUGACAUGCACUGUCAACUGUGGGACAUUAUAUAGACAGGUGUGUGCCUUUCCAAAUCAUGUCCAAUCAAUUGAAUUUACCCCAGGUGGACUCCAAUCAAGUUGUAGAAACAUCUCAAGGAUGAUCAAUGUAAACAGGAUGCACCUGAACUCAAUUUCAAGUCUCAUAGCAAAGGGUCUGAGUACUUAUGUAAAUAAGGUAUUUAUGUUUUUUAGCUUUAAUACAUUUGCAAAAAUUUCAAAAAACCUGUUUUCACUUUGCCAUUAUGGGGUAUUGUGUGUAGAUUGAUGAGGGGGAAAAAACAAUUUCAUCCAUUUUAGAAUAAGGCUGUAACGUAACAAAAUGUGAAAAAAGUAAAGGGGUCUGAAUACUUUCUGAAUGCACUGUAAAUGUGACUGUCCAACCUUCCCUUACUUUUUUGAAGGGGAAACUAUUCUGAAGAUUUUUCCCAGUCUCAUUCGGCAUGCUGAACAAUCAGCAACACAUUAGGAUGUGUCAGUAAGUCACUUGGCUAACGCUGGGGUGUGUGAGUUAGUUAGUGUGUGUGUUUAACAGAGAUGUAAUGGGGUCUCUGACGGGGUGGUGUGUGUGAUCUCGUCCCCGUGGCGACCUGCGAAGGCUCUGCCCUGUUUCCAAUUAGAGCCAGGUCCAAACUGUUACAUUAACACGGAGCAGACUGAGAGGCUGUCAGAGAGAGCACCACGCUCUACCUUUACCUCUAGCUCUCUCUCUUCUUGUCCACUAUGCUCCUUCUGAUAAGUACUCUCCUCUCCCCUGUAUUUGCUUCAUCAUGUCUCCUGUGUGUGAACUCUCCCUGCAGUCUUCUCCUGCUUGUCCUUGUCAAAAAAAACUGAGACAUAUUAGCCUGCAGCCCAGCGGGUAGAAUAUUGAUAUGGACCUGCAGCACCCCUCUCUCAUUCUACCUCUCUCCCCUUCUCCCCAUCUACCUCUCCCUUCCGCUCUGUCCUUCCCUCUGUGUCUCAGGUGUGGGAAAGAGCCUGGGACUGGUUAACUGAGGUGUGAUCCUGAAUUUAUUGGUUGGGUAUGUAGAAUAUCACUGCUCUCGCAUAAUCAUCUGCUCUUUCUCUGCUCUCUCCUCUCUUCCUUGUCCCUCCCUCCCUUCCUCUCCCCAGUGGAAGGCCCAUGAUGGGAUCAUUCUGAAGGUGGACUGGAACUCUGUGAAUUACCUGAUACUGUCAAGUGGAGAGGAUUGUAAAUACAAGGUCAUAUAUGUCCCGUGAUCCCAAAAUUACUAUCUACAGUUGAAGUCGGAAGUUUACAUACACUUAGGUUGGAGUCAUUAAAACUCAUUUUUCAACCACUCCACACAUUUCUUGUUAACAAACUAUAGUUUUGGCAAGUCGGUUAGGACAUCUACUUUGUGCAUGACACAAGUAAUUUUUCCAACAAUUGUUUACAGACAGAUUAUUUCACUUAUAAUUCACUGUAUCACAAUUCCAGUGGGUCAGAAGUUGACUGUGCCUUUAAACAGCUUGGAAAAUUCCAGAAAAUGAUGUCAUGGCUUUAGAAGCUUCUGAUAGGCAAAUGUACAUCAUUUGAGUCAAUUGGAGGUGUACCCGUGGAUGUAUUUCAAGGCCUACCUUGAAACUCAGUGCCACUUUGCUUGACAUCAUGGGAAAAUCAAAAUAAAUCAGCCAAGACCUCAGAAAAAACAUUGUAGACCUCCACAAGUCUGGUUCAUCCUUGGGAGAAAUUUCCAAACGCCUGAAUGUACCACAUUCAUCUGUACAAACAAUAGUACACAAGUAUAAACACCAUGGGACCACGCAGCCGUCAUACCGCUCAGGAAGGAGACGAGUUCUGUCUCCUAGAGAUGAAUGUACUUUGGUGCAAAAAGUGCAAAUCAAUCCCAGAACAACAGCAAAGCAAAGGACCUCGUGAAGAUGCUGGAGGAAACAGGUACAAAAGUAUCUACAUCCACAGUAAAACAAGUCCUAUAUCGACAUAACCUGAAAGGCCGCUCAGCAAGGAAGAAGCCACUGCUCCAAAACCGCCAUAAAAAAGACAGACUUCGGUUUGCAACUGCACAUGGGGACAAAGAUCAUACUUUUUGGAGAAAUGUCCUCUGGUCUGAUGAAACAAAAAUAGAACUGUUUGGCCAUAAUGACCAUCGUUAUGUUUGCAGGAAAAAAGGGGUUGCUUGCAAGCCGAAGAACACCAUCCCAACCGUGAAGCACGGGGGUGGCAGCAUCAGGCUGUGGGGGUGCUUUGCUGCAGGAGGUACUGGUGCACUUCACAAAAUAGAUGGCAUCAUGAGGAAGGAAAAUUAUGUGGAUAUAUUGAAGCAACAUCUCAAGAAAUCCGUCAGGAAGUUAAAGCUUGGUCGCAAAUGGUUCUUCCAAAUGGACAAUGACCCCAAGCAUACUUCCAAAGUUGUGGCAAAAUGGCUUAAGGACAACAAAGUCAAGGUAUUAGAGUGGUCAUCACAAAGCCCUGACCUCAAUCCUAUAGAAAAUAUGUGGGUAGAACUGAAAAAGUGUGUGCGAGCAAGGAGGCCUAAAAACCUGACUCAGUUACACCAGCUCUGUCAGGAGGAAUGGGCCAAAAUUCACCCAACUUAUUGUGGGAAGCUUGUGGAAGGCUACCCGAAACGUUUGACCCAAGUUAAACAAUUGAAAGGCAAUGCUACCAAAUACUAAUUGAGUGUAUGUAAACUUCUGACCCACUGGGAAUGUGAUGAAAUAAAUAAAACCUGAAAUAAAUCAUUCUCUCUACUGUUAUUCUGACAUUUCACAUUCUUAAAAUAAAGUAGUGAUCCUAACUGACCUAAGACAGGGAAUUUUACUAGGAUGAAAUGUCAGGAAUUGUGAAAAACUCAGUUUAAAUGUAUUUGGCUAAGGUGCAUGUAAACUUCCGACUUCAACUACAGUGGGGAAAAAAAGUAUUUAGUCAGCCACCAAUUGUGCAAGUUCUCCCACUUAAAAAGAUGAGAGAGGCCUGUAAUUUUCAUCAUAGGUACAUGUCAACUAUGACAGACAAAAUGAGAAAAAAAAAUCCUGAAAAUCACAUUGUAGGAUUUUUAAUGAAUUUAUUUGCAAAUUAUGGUGGAAAAUAAGUAUUUGGUCAAUAACAAAAGUUUCUCAAUACUUUGUUAUAUACCCUUUGUUGGCAAUGAUACAGGUCAAACGUUUUCUGUAAGUCUUCACAAGGUUUUCACACACUGUUGCUGGUAUUUUGGGCCAUUCCUCCAUGCAGAUCUCCUCUAGAGCAGUGAUGUUUUGGGGCUGUCGCUGGGCAACACGGACUUUCAACUCCCUCCAAAGAUUUUCUAUGGGGUUGAGAUCUGGAGACUGGCUAGGCCACUCCAGGACCUUGAAAUGCUUCUUACGAAGCCACUCCUUCGUUGCCCGGGCGGUGUGUUUGGGAUCAUUGUCAUGCUGAAAGACCCAGCCACGUUUCAUCUUCAAUGCCCUUGCUGAUGGAAGGAGGUUUUCACUCAAAAUCUCACGAUACAUGGCCCCAUUCAUUCUUUCCUUUACACGGAUCAGUCGUCCUGGUCCCUUUGCAGAAAAACAGCCCCAAAGCAUGAUGUUUCCACCCUCAUGCUUCACAGUAGGUAUGGUGUUCUUUGGAUGCAACUCAGCAUUCUUUGUCCUCCAAACACGACGAGUUGAGUUUUUACCAAAACGUUCUAUUUUGGUUUCAUCUGACCAUAUGACAUUCUCCCAAUCCUCUUCUGGAUCAUCCAAAUGCACUCUAGCAAACUUCAGACGGGCCUGGACAUGUACUGGCUUAAGCAGGGGGACACGUCUUGCACUGCAGGAUUUGAGUCCCUGGCGGCGUAGUGUGUUACUGAUGGUAGGCUUUGUUACUUUGAUCCCAGCUCUCUGCAGGUCAUUCACUAGGUCCCCCUGUGUGGUUCUGGGAUUUUUGCUCACCGUUCUUGUGAUCAUUUUGAUCCCACGGGGUGAGAUCUUGCGUGGAGCCCCAGAUCGAGGGAGAUUAUCAGUGGUCUUGUAUGUCUUCCAUUUCCUAAUAAUUGCUCCCACAGUUGAUUUCUUCAAACCAAGCUGCUUACCUAUUGCAGAUUCAGUCUUCCCAGCCUGGUGCAGGUCUACCAUUUUGUUUCUGGUGUCCUUUGACAGCUCUUUGGUCUUGGCCAUAAUGGAGUUUGAAGUGUGACUGUUUGAGGUUGUGGACAGGUGUCUUUUAUACUGAUAACAAGUUCAAACAGGUGCCAUUAAUACAGGUAACGAGUGGAGGACAGAGGAGCCUCUUAAAGAAGAAGUUACAGGUCUGUGAGAGCCAGAAAUCUUGCUUGUUUGUGGGUGACCAAAUACUUAUUUUCCACCAUAAUUUGCAAAUAAAUUCAUAAAAAAUCCUACAAUGUGAUUUUCUGGAUUUCUUUUCCUCAAUUUGUCUGUCAUAGUUGACGUGUACCUAUGAUGAAAAUUACAGGCCUCUCUCAUCUUUUUAAGUGGGAGAACUUGCACAAUUGGUGGCUGACUAAAUACUUUUUUUCCCCACUGUAUAUGUUAUAAUGUGUGUAUCACUCAGUCGCAAUACUGUGUAAUUGACCCUGUUCCUUCUCCCACCUCUCGCCCCCUCCUUCCUGUCAUCUCCCUUCUUCCCUCUCUCUCAGGUGUGGGACAGCUAUGGUCGUCUGCUCUACACGUCCUCGUCACAUGACUACCCUGUGACCUCAGUGUCCUGGUCUCCGGACGGGGAGGUGUUCGCCAUGGGCUCCUUCAACACCCUGCGCCUCUGUGACAAGACUGGGGUAAGGGCUCCCCUCACAACCCACCCCACCGCCCCUGUCCUCUGCCAACCCCUCACACACUUCUGUGUACUGUCACUGUGUGCGUUUCAGUGUGACAAACAUGGUUCUAGAAGAGGUCCUCCGUCUCUUCCCUAG